AUGCCUCGACCGCCCUUGUCCGGCUCCACCGCCCUCACAGGCAGGCAUGCACGCUCGCCCAACAUCACGCCUCGCUCGGCCGUCGCAGUGCCGCCAGCUGCUCCUCUUCUUUCACCAUUGCACGCCUGCCCGCCUGCCCUCCUGCCCGCCUGCCCGCCUGCCCUCCUGCCCGCCUGCCCUCCUGCCCUCUUGCCCUUGUGUGAGCACUCAGCACGCCGAGGUGUGCGGCGAGCUUGGAACGGACCGUUCAUUCCAUUCGUGACAGCCAAUCGUUUCAGCACCGUACCUCGACACCCGUGCACGCUUGCUUGCUGGAAUCCGGGACCACCGCGCUAUGACAAUCUGACUGACCGACCAGGUCUGACGCUCCUCCGAGUAGCGAGCCCUUUGUCCGCUCCUCGUCACUCCUGUCCUGGAGUGCCAACACGCACCAAGCACCAAGCACCAAGCACCAGGACCUCAGCAACGGGCCGCCACUUCACGCCUGUUCGGGGUGCUUGCUUACCACACCGUGCCUGGGUGCUCUCUCCAUGCAUUGCUACCCUUGACCAUCUCCCGGUGCGAGCUCCACGCCCCUCUCCGCCUCUCUCCGCCUCUCUCCUAGGUCCAUACGCCAGAACACCCAACAUGCCGACGACGAUGCUCUCGCCAGGAGGCAUUGCCCUCAUUGGGGCCCCGAAUGGCGACAUCGGCGACAGGCCACCGCCAGUGCAGGCCAUGCAGGUGGACAUGACCCAGGACAUCGUCGACGAGCUCCUCGAGAGCAUGAGGAGCGGGAAACCACCACAGAUACUCUUUGGUCGGACUCCUCAACUGAGAUAUGGCGACAAGACCCACGUACUGCAGAGCAGUCCCGAGACGCACACCUACGAGUUGUACAAAUCCAGCGGGACUGGCAGCGACAAUGACUUUGAAUUCGCCGGCGUCAUCAACCACAACCUCAUCGUGCAGGAGGCCGCAGACGUGACAGCGGGCGUUGACUCGGCGCUGGCCACUCUCAAGAGUAGCAUGGCUGCCAUCUCGGAAUUCAAGGAAGCUAACAAAACCAUUGUCGGCGAUGCUACUCCUGUCCGCACUCCCGGUCACCGUCGCUUCCCUUUGACAGGGUUCAAGUCGACACACCUCACGCCGUCCAAAGUCGGGUCACCGCUACCGAGCAUGCCGGCCUCGCCCAUGCACAAGCGUCCGCCCACGUCGCAGCCUAGCGGUACGCACGAGGCUGUCCUUGUUGCCCUCCGUGUUCCCAUCAUCCACCUGCUCGCUCGUGAGCCGGCAACGGAGGCCUCCCUUGCUAAGACAUGUCGCACAUCAACAGCCAGUCUGCGAGAACUGCUGCCCAGAAUUGCCAAACGCUCUACUCAAGACACAGACAGGUGGCAGCUGACCGACAAGUCAUUUCGCGAGAUCAACCCCUACAACUUCCCAUACGCGACCUCUGAGGAGCGAGAGCAGGCAAUCGAAGGUGCAAUCAAGUCGUUUGACCGCCUCCGACUGACCAAAGACGACAAGCUUUGGCAGAUUCUUCUGCCACGUGAAGAACGAGGGCAGGGCAAGUGCUUAUCGCGCUCGAAGGUGAAGCCACUGGAGGCCAAGCCCAAAGCUUCAACACCUCUGCACAAAGUGUCAGACUUCACGAAGAAAAAGCCUGCCGCGAAGAAGACCGACGACAAGACUGCAGAGAGGAAGCUUGAUGGCGAAAAGAAGAUCAAGACGGUGAAGGAAGGUGGUAGCAAGCUGAGCAAAGCAGUGAGAGACAGGAUUGUGCCACAAGACAAGCCUACGGUGAAGGAGGUCAAGGAAGAUGUCGCCAAAACAGCUUCGUCAACGCCGGCGUCGGCCCCAGCCCCAGCCUCCACCGUCAGCAAAGCUGUGUCUCGCCCUGCUGCAUCCAACGAAGCCUCAAAGAUCCGUACCAAGAAGGUACCUGCGACUGAAAGCAACUCUCUCAAUUCCACUCCACGCACCAAGCCCAAGAUGGCCGUUCCACGAGACACUUAUCAGAACCGUCAGCACCGGCCUGUCAAGCCUGUGUAUAACACAAAGCCCAAGAAUCCUUCUCCUCUAUCAGCUUCACCCCCAGUCAACGCCAGCGACUUCGAGGACAGCCACCCAGUCCACAAGGCUCUUGCGGCAGCUGCUUCGCCUGUGAAGUCAUCGUACGGUAACUCUGAUCGCUUGCUAAAGCGCAAGGCGAACGACAUUGACAGCGGCAUACACAAUCACAGCCUGGCUGUGAAGAAACCUAACGCCGAUCGUGCAACACCCAAUCACACCCCCUCGCACACCAACGGCAGACUCAAUGGCUCGACACCUUCUAGCAACGCUUCCAUGAAGCGCAAGUCUGAUGGCUCAUAUAUUUCUAACACGUCUACCACCGCCCCUAAGGUCCGCAAAGUCACCAACAUUAACACUGGUCUAGCAUCCCGCUACGACCGCAACAACUCUCAACCUUCCCCUGGCGACUCGUCGUCUUCGACCACAUCACCUACUAUACCCAACCUGAGUUUCCGCCAGACAGUCGAGCUGUCUCAGAAGUUCCAAAGAUACUAUACCAAGUACGAAGAGUUGUAUUGGAGAUUGACCGAGGCUACUUUGCCGCCAACGGAGGCGCAAAGGAAUGAUCUUCUCAACAUGCACAAGAAGCUUGAAGAGAUGAAGAGGGUGAUCAAGGCCGGCGCUCGUGUGCAGCGCUGA